AUGGCCAAAAUAGGCAAAGGUGUGCAGAUUGGUUUGUCCUGGGUGAAGACAAGACCCGGCGACCUUCCGGAGGGUGCCAUUGAGACACAGCCCGGCGUCUACAUAUGCCGCGCCAUGCAUGAGGGUGAACAAAUUCCCGGAAAGUACGUUCCCCGACUCUCGCUCGCCUAUGUCUCCUACGGUGGCGAGGAACAUCAGAAGAAGGAUUGCGAAGUACUCUGUGACACUUGUUGCCCCGGACAAGGUUGCUGGUAA